AUGUGCCAUUUACUACCCGAUAGUGUAGGUUUUGAAGAAGGCGCUUUAAUCGAGCCUCUAGCUGUAUCUCUGCACGCCAUCAAUCGUUCUACUAGUGCUGGUUCAGGAACAGGCACACCACUUCUCGGCUCUUCAGCACUCGUCAUCGGGGCUGGCGCAGUCGGUAUGCUCACCGCAGCUGCUCUAUCAGUGUCCGGCGUCUCCAACAUCAUAGUCGCAGACAUCGAUGCUCCGAGACUGAAAAUCUGCGAAGGCCUCGGAAACGGCCGUUUCGGCAUUCGCACGUUCCUUAUCCCGAAGAAAACACCUCUGCCGAACAUAGAAGAGAAUCUCGCGACAGCGACAGACCUCGCAGCUCAAAUCUCGCUCUUUGCUGGCUUGACUGGCUUUGACCGUGUCUACGAAUGUACAGGUGUUCCACCUUGUGUCCAGCUUGGCAUCUUUGCCGCUUCUCCAGGUGGAAAACUUGUCCUUACACUGCCUCUUGGAGCUGCUGCUUUGCGAGAAGUGGAUAUCAUUGGUGUAUUCAGGUAUGCGAAUUGUUACCCAGCGGCAAUCCAGCUGUUUGCAAGUGGGAAGUUGCAAGGUGUGGCGGAAGCAUUGGUCAGUCACAGAGUGCCAUUAGAGGAUGGCGAGAAGGCCUUUAGGUUAGCGGCGAAUCAGGCGAGAGAAGGAGAGGAUGAGGGUAGGGUGCCAGUGAAGGUCAUGAUUGUUGCGAAGAUGUAG